AUGGCUCAACCUUUACGCACCGUUGUCGUUAAUCCCACAGCAAAGCAUACCGCCACCGUCAUUUUCUUGCAUGGCCUCGGUGAUUCGGGUGUUGGUUGGUUGUUCCUGACAGAAGCCAUUGCUCCAAUGUUGCCGCAUGUAAAGUGGGUCUUGCCUGAUGCUCCCAUGCGACCUUUGGAAGCAAACGAUAACUUGCCAACCCCUGCCUGGUUCAAUAUUCCUUCCUUUCUCAAAUCAGCCAAUGUUGCAAAGGUGGAUGAACAAGGGAUGAUUGAUUCUGUCAAUGCAGUCAACGAGUUGAUCGAGAAGGAAGUCCGUGACACUGGUAUCCCAUCCGACCGGAUCGUAUUGGGAGGGUUUUCACAAGGUUGCGUUAUUGCAUUGUUGACAGGAUUCUUGUCCAAGCACAAAUUGGCAGGUGUUAUUGGUUGCAGUGGUUGGUUAGGAGUGUUGUCAAUUAUGGAAAAGAACGCUUCGGACGUCAACAAAGGCACACCCUUUUUGCUAUGCCACGGGGAGGAAGAUUUGGUGGUGAAACCAAAAUAUGGACAAGCUUCUGCAAAGUACUUGAACAAAGUAGGACACAAUGCCACAUUCAAGUUGUAUCCAGGGCUGGGUCAUGCUGCUGGACCGAAUGAGAUAGCCGACAUUGCUGCAUUUCUCAAGGAACAAUUACCACCACAACCUGUCAAAAGCAAGCUUUAA